UAUUUAUCGUACUGUCCGUACCGUGGCGUAGCUGUAUGAAUCGCCAUUUUUCUCAGAAAUUCCUAUUCGCGGUGAAAAAGUGUGAAAAAUCAAGUGAAAUAAUCCCAUCCGUCCCCAAAAACCGAGUAAAUUGUGUCUCACACAAUCACAGUGGAAGAGUGCUCGCGAAAAUUGUGAGGGCACCUCAAUUGAUCUUAACCACCAGAAAACAUCGGAUUUCACCUCAGUCUUCAAACAUCCGGACAAUUCCAACAGCAGCCGAAGUGCACAAAACCCACGGAAUUCUACCCAACGACGAAACACUGAGAGGAAUCUCCUCGCCAAGGAUUAGAUCGAAGUCGGGUGGAAAACGGUGCAUUAGCCGCCCUUAGAGUGAGGGAAGAGAGCGUGAAAGCUAAAGAAAAACGACGAAGAAGGUGAUUUCAGUCAUCGUCUUCGUCGUGAAGCCAUCGGUUUUGGAAGAAGAAGCUGCAGAAUCAUCUGAAGGCUUCCUCUUGCCGCACAGAGCACACCUGAAGAGGAUCUACUGGAAGAGAGACAAGAGGAUUGUGAGACUAGAUAAUUGCGCGGAAGGAUCAAGUGGACAAGGCGACUGUGCCCAGAGUGCUGAGCGAAAGGAAUCUGUGGUGUGUUGAGCGUUCGCCGGAGUGCAAAGUGGGAGUUUUGCUGAUGAGGAUUCCCUGGCAGCAUGAGCACACUGGGGGGAAGUAGGGGGGAGCGCCAUGCAAAGCCCAAGUUUACAGCAUUAGACAUCAACAGUUUAUAUCGAACGAGUCGUGGUGAAUCUCUGGAACCGUCAACACAGAAGAAUACAGUACCUCGUAAACAUGGUAUGCAAAGUUUGGGAAAAGUGCCAUCGGCACGUCGGCCUCCCGCCAAUUUGCCGUCGCUAAAGGCGGAGACAUCGAGUCCAGGUGAGCAGCAGGGCACGUGGGGUGGUUCAGAGGCGUCAUCAGGUGGUACUGGUGCAGGAGCGGCGGCACAGGUGAGCACAACAGCGGCGGCGCAGCAGACGCCGGGUCAGCAGCACUUGCAGCAACACCAUCACCAUCAGCACCAGCAGCAGCAGCAACAGCAGCAGCCGCAGCAGACACCGGGACAGGUUGGCAAUUCGGUGCAGCAGCAGCAUCAGCUGACAAACACACUUGGUGGCAGCAGCAACAGUGCUCAGGCAUCGGGAGCGACAACAUGGAGUUCUGUGACAACUGGUGGCCAGGAGGCGACGGGCCAUCAGCCGCCGCACUAUCAGAGUCCGCAGUUUCAGCACGAGUUCCCCUCCCUGGAUGGAAGUACACCGACUGGCGGCAAGGGCAGUCAGCACCAUCAGCAGCAGAUGACACAUCCGAUAAUGCAUCAGCAGAGCGGCGCUGGAGCAGGAAAUGUCCCAGAUGGUGGAAUGAGCUUGAGACCACAGACAGAUGCAGCCAGUUGGAUGCAGCAACAGCAGCAAGGUGGCGCAAACGGCGGCGGUGGAGCUGGACAGCAGAACUCCCAGCAGGGCCCGGGCCUCCAUCAGGUGCCGCCGCAGUUUCGUGCACUCAUGCCGCCCUUCAUGUAUCGCUCAGGUGGAAGUGGAGGCGGCGGCGGCGGAGGCGGCCCCGGUGGCGGUGGCUUUGCACCGCCGCCCCUCAAUCCAGCCAGACCACGAUCGCAACCUGGAGCACAAUCUCACUAUGACGGUCCACCGGUUCUCACACACCAGCAGGGACCACCGUAUCAGGGCGGGCCGCCGGCCGGUCAUCGUGGUGGACGCGGUCCACCGCCGCGUGGCCGCCAGGACGACAGGCAGUCAUCACUGCCAUACAUUGAGCCCGAAGUGGCGAUGCUGCAGCGUCCGAUCAUCAAGGAGGAGGAACUUGAGCGCAUGGAGGCGAUUGCCAAGGAUGAAGGCUGGGCGAAGCACGAUGAAAUAGACUACAAUGCUAAGCUGAAUUUCUCCGAUGAUGAGACUGUUGAGGGAUCGGAAUCGGUGUCGGCCUCCAAGCAUGAUCAUGGGAAGGAGAGAGAUCAUCAAAAUCGACGAGGACAGCAGAAGGCAAUGAAUGAGGAUAAUCGCGCUGUGUGGAAUCGCGAACGCGAGAGAAUGGAAUGUGAGCGCAUUGAGAGGGAGAGAAAUGAGCGAAAUGAUCGCGAUCGACAGCAGGAUCACGGACGUCUGCAGCAGAAUGGACAUCGUGGUCUGGAUGCUGAGACAGUGGAGCGUGUGCAGAGGCGGAUGGAGGAGGAGGAGCGUCGUGCGUAUGAGAGGAAGCAGGCGGCGGCCAAGAAGUUGCAGGAACUGGAGCAGAAGAUGAUGAAGAAGAAUUCGGCGGAGAAGGAGAUGCUGGAUGUGUCGGGUGACAGUGGUGGCAGCGAUGAUCGUCGCUCUGGCAUGAUUAUAAGCUCCGAGGUGAGCAACUUCCGUGCUAUGACGCAGAUUGGCGAUGGACGUUCAUUCAUGAGUCGCGAGAAGGAGCGCCUUCGCAGCGAGAGAGAUGGCGAUAUGAAGAUGACACGCGACUAUGGACGCUACGAUAAGUACGAGAGGGACAUGAAUUCGCGGGAGAGAGAGUACAAGGAUGGAUCGGGCUACCGAUCUGGUGGCGAUCAGCGUGAUCGUGAUGGCAAUAUGUGCUUCUCCAAGCAAUUCAGAUCGAAUUUGCCGCCACGCUUUCAGAAUGCUGCCAUUCAGCCGCCGCCAGGUGGGCAAAUUGCGCCGACAGGACCGAGCGGCGGCGGCGGCGGAGUGGGUGGCGCGGGGCCAGUUUCACGAAACACUGCCACAAAUUAUUCGUCAAAUGAUAGCCAGAGUGGCAAGAAUAUUCCAUUUGCCCAGCAGUACGACAUCAGAUACAUUAACAGUCAGAACUAUGGGAAAUCUUCAGGUCCGACAUCGGGUCAGGCGCUGAGGAGAAGUGCUCCGCCACCCCAAAUGGGUGUUGGUGAGGAAAUGCGUCGGCGUCAGCGUGGUGACUCGGAGGAUGAUGAUCGCUUCAGCAGUGGCAGAGAGUCCAUUGGUCGCAAUUCAAUUGGCACACCACAGCUCGCGCGUAGCAUCUCGGAUUCUUCCCAGCGGAAGACAAGUGUGUCCAGUGAGGAGCCACAGCGUGUGGAGAGAUCCGAGUCGAGGGAGUUCAAUCAGCAGCCGCAGAGUGUGACCUCGUGGGCGGAUGAGUUGGAGAUGGUGGAGGGCAAGAAGAUUGCUGAAGUGUGUGGCGGAGGAUUAGCCAAUAAGAUUGACGAUGCAUGCGAGCAGUCUCAACAUUUGGAGGACAUCCAGCCCAAGCAGAUACUUCAGCGUGUUCCAAAGUCCAUAACGCCAGAAAUGCCGAAGGAGAAGGACGAGAGUGACAAGGAGAGUGGCAAGAGGAUGUCAGAGAGUCCGAAGAUUCAGCAGUGGGCAGAAAUGGGUGUUGACAGUGACAAGUGUGGGAAGGAAAAGCAGCCCUUGCUGGAGAAUAUUGCUGAGAAAAAGGAUGAAGAUGGGGACAUGACGAAGAAGGAUGAGAAGGAGAUAAUGGGCGGAGAUGAUGGAGGGAAGUUGCAGCAGGGCAAGCGUCCGAGCCCAAGAGGUGGUCGUGGUCAUGAUGAUAGAGAUCGUGGAGAUCGUGGACGCGAUCGCAGUGGAUACGGUUCAUCCAAUAUGUAUCGUGGCAGUGGCGGCGGCGGCGGAGGGAGUAGUUGGAAUAGGCGAGGUGGACGCAUGGAGCGUUCCGGACGUCAAUACGGAGGUGAAUAUUGGGCUCCGUCAGAUGGCGAUGAUGAGGAAGCUGGGGACGAAGAUUACGGUCGACGUGGAAAGGAUAGUGGCAGCCGAGGACGCAAGGACAGUGGACGCAGUGCCGGUGGUUCAGGCAUGAGGAAGGAUGAGGCGUUCACGCCUCGCGGAGAGCCAUCUCGCCGUGGUCGCGGUGGAGGUUCGGCGCCGUCAUUUAGACGUGGUGUCGGUGGCAGCAAUUCUGGAGGCAGUGGAGGUGGUUCAGGUGCUCUGAAGAGAAUUGACGGCUAUGGACCACCGAGUUCCAAGAGUCCUUUCGGUACAUCCGAUGAGAAGUCAUCGGCGAGUGAGUCAAAGGGACCGUCAGGGAAGAGCAUGAGUGCUGAUGAUCGCACGAAACUCAAUCAGAUGGCACUGUCGGCUGCGCUGGAGAGGAAGCCCAGCCAAAAGUCACCGCAGCCGCAGAGGAGCAGCAGUGGCACGAUGAAACCGCCUGGAAAGCCCAAUGAUGACACAUAUGAGAGCGCCUCGGAUCUCUCUGAUCCGCAGUAUGAGAAGAGGAAGCAGAUGACAAAGGGGAGCAGUGGCAAGACGGAGAAGAAGGAUUCGAGGAGUGGUGGAAUUAAGAAGGACACUCAAUCAUCGAAAUCGAGUGAAUCUCAGCCGAGCGAUGAGGGAAAGAAAGUACUUCCAGGUGGCUUAGUCAGUGGCAAGAAGGACGAUGCUGGUGGACAACAGCCGGGUCUGCAGAGGAGCAGCAGUGGAUUGAGUGCUUCGAGUCGAAGUGGCAGUAGCAAAUACAAGGAGGGCGAGAAGGAUCGAGGAGUGGCCUCCAAGGGACUGCAAAAGACAUCCGUGGGUGGAAUUAAGAUGUCUUCAUCCGUUACAACUGUCACUUCUGCUGGCUCAACCAGUGCCACGAAUGCUCAGUCUGCUGGACGCCGGGAUGAGUCGAAGAUGUCACAGAUGGAGCGUGAUCGUCAGUCGUCGCUGCGCCAGAAGCAGCUGCCACCGAGAUUGGCGGCCAAGCAGCGUGAGCGUCUGCAGCGACCGGGCGAAGUGAAUGGCAGUGCCAGUGGUGGACAGCAGAGCACUGGGAAUGCGUGGGAGAAACCACUGCAGCAGGAGGUGAAGGAAGACACUGGCGAGGGAGGUGACAAGUCGGCCACUGCCCAAGGAUUGGCACAACAAUCGGCAGGAGCACAGAAAACUGAUCCCAACAAGGCAAUGCUGGAUGGAUCUACGCCACCGGUCAAUACGAUCAUCUUCGAGAACACAAACUACAAGCAGGUGCCUCAGAUGCCCAUUAAGCGUCAGGGAUCUGCUAAUGAGGGCGUUGGGAAGAAGCAGGACGAGUCGGUGUUCAAGGGUGGUCCGCCGACACAGCAAGUUGGUGACAUGCUGGAUCAGGCGGCGCGUGUGCAGCAGCAACAGCAAGUCCAGACGGAGUCAAUCUCUUCAGCACUGUCAUCCAUGAACUUCAGCAGCAAGAGUGAGUCGGAGUAUGAGAAGGACAUGAAGCUGGCGUUCACAUUUGAAUCUGAAAUAUCUCAAUUGACGGAUGAUAAGAGCACAACAAAUCAGAAGAGUCUCAGCUCGAGUCUCUCACUGCCACGAUCGAUACAUAAUGUUGCUGCCACACAGCAGAGUAAUAGCACGAUUUCGCCAUCGACGGCGGAUUUGAACAUGAAGAUUGCGUCGGUGAAGAAGGUGUGGGAUCCGGCACCAUUCCUCACGCCCGUCCUCGAGCAACCAUCAGCCGAUGAUGGUAGCCUGAGCUUCGUCACGUCGUCCCAUCAGCAGCAUCUGCAUCAAUACACCCACGGGAAUCUCGCCCAUGUGCAGCAUGCAUUGUCACCCGGACCCACGUACUCAAACACUUUCGGACCGGAUCCCACCGCCCUGGAGCAGCACUUUGGCAAGAGUCAGGCUGACGGGGUGGUGGAACAGGACUCUGGCUACAGUCCGAGUCCACAGCACGUGGGUGGACAGCAUGGGGGGCAUCAGAGUGCUGCCAAUAUGAGUCUGAAGCACGCGGCAGAGAGUCUCGGCAAUAGUGGAAAUGUGUGCAAAGUCAAACCCACUCAGCAGCAGAUGCAUCAGUCGGGCUUGGGCUUGUCCCCACCUCCACUGCAGCCCAGUGCUCUCCAGGCGGCGCCACAGACAUACUAUCAGCCGUCACAAUUUGGCGGAAUGUCGGCCAUUCCCUCGCCACCGGCUGUGCUGUUCAACUCUUCAGCGAUGCCCUCGUAUGGACCAUUCCAGAUGGAGCCAGCCAAUAGAUCCCAAUAUUCACAGUAUCCUGGACACUAUGGCACCGCUGGCAAUGCACCCUAUUCCGCCUAUAUGCAGACAGCUCCGCCAAAUAUGCCCACAGCUCCUGCCCCAGACAUGUAUCAAUCACUGACCUCGCAGUUCCGAAUGGGUGGCGCUGUCCAGACACCGUUCAAUCAGUCCCAGCAGCUAAACAAUCCUUCAACUGUGCUGAUCUCCUCGUCAACCAACUCCCUCAUGUCUGCCUCCGUGAAGCCGUCAUCGCAGCAAAUUGGCGCCAUUGGCAGCAAGACGGGCGGCGUGAAUCAGCCACCGUAUCAGCAGCAAUACAUGGGAAUGUAUCCGCCACAGCAAGGUCCACCCAUGCAGAGCAACAGUUACUACAGCAACUCGGCGGGUGGACAAGGAGCGGCGUACUUUGGCGCCCCAUCGGCCGGAGCCACACAGAAUUAUGGUGUUCAGGCCGCAGCGGCGGGAAUGUUUGGCAGUCAUGGAGCUCCAGCGCCAAGCUCUGCACCGCCACCGCCGCAACAACAAGUGGCCAGUUUCGGAUCGCAAUUCCUCAAUUCGCCUCUCCUGGCCGCCGCCGCCAUGAAUCAACAAUAUCGCGCGGGACCAACUCAGAUGACAGCUUAUAUGAAUUCCAAGCAGCCACAGAGUCACAUGCAAGAUCCGAGUGGACGGCAAUUGAAGAGUCCUCUUAAUAGUGAUGGUGGUUUGGGUGUGAAACGUCCUCCACCCCAAUCCAGCCCCAUAACUUGGGAGUUGCAGCAUCAGCAGAGUCAGAACUCAUCACGUGGCAAUGCAAGUAAUUUGAGUCGCAGUGGUGGCGGAAGUCAACAGAAUCCGGGCGGUCAGCAGGGUCAGCAGGCGCCUCAGGGGCAGCAGGGACAGCAGCAGCCGGGAAGUGGAGGCAAUGGCCCAUCGCAGAGAUACCCAACGCCCAUCCAGCGACCCACGAACUAUCCCAAUCAGUCUCAGUCAGGCGGUGGCGGACAGCAGUCCCGUUCCGCCGGCGGAAGCAUGCGUCAACCGCCGACCUCUGGUGGGCCGCCGGGUGGAAAUCCCAACAAUAAGCAUUUCUACGGCGGCAGCGGAGGUGGCGGAGGCGCCAAUGCGGGUGGAUCGGGCGGCGGAGGAAGUGGCGGCAGCGGUGGAGCAGGAACUAGAGGAAAUCAUGGUGCUUCCGGACAAGAUCAGUCGAAUGUCGUCAAACAGAUGGAAAGUGGUGUGAGUGUAUCACAAGACGGUGGAGGCGUUCACAAGGAUGAUAAGGAUUAAGAGAGAGAGAGAGAGAGAAAGAAAGAGAGAAAUUAAUUUUAUUUCAUGCUGAGAGUGACGGUUUUUCUUUUCUAACUUUAUUCGAGAGUUGUAAGAUUUGUAGCGUGAGAUAAGAAAGAAAGAAAAAAAUUAUAUAUAUAUAUAAAAGAAAAUAUUACUGAUGAGAGACAGAAGGAAAAAAAAAUAAAGGAAAUGUUUUACGAUGACUGAUAAGCAACAAUGAUGAGAGAUGAUUGAAGGAUGUUUUUGGGACACACUCGUUUGGGAAAUACAGAGAAUUUUGAAGAAUUUAGUAAAUAUUGAUGAAAAGUACAGUGAAAAAAAAAUUUAAACAAAUAAUUAAAGUGAAGAAGAGAAGAAAAAUCUUUGUAUUAUUGUAAUACUGCUUUGAUAUACAGAAAGUGAGAGAGAGAAAAAAAAAUAACAAAUCUUUGUAGUGGCAAUGAAACAAUUUUUAACAGUUUUCUUGCAAUUCUUUCAUAAUGAGAAGAAAGAAAGAUAGGAAAAAAACAAGAGUUUUACAAUAACCAAAUGGUGUUUAGUGACUUUGGGGGUGAAGAAGAAGAAGAAGGCAUUCAUUGAAAAUAAAAGUAGACGUCUUUUGUAAACAAAGAAUCGCAGAAUCCAUUCAAAUACAGCACAAGUUACAUUUAAAAAAAAUAAAACUUGUAUUUUGCAAUGAUGACCGAUUAAUUUCCGACUAAGGAAGCAUGUAAACACAAAGUAGAAUUACUUGAGAUGCAAAUAUUUCGUUUGUUUCUGUGUGUUUAUUUUGAAAAAAAAAGAAGAUAAAAGUAUAUAUGAAAGAGUCAUUUUUGCAUUGAUAAACAAUCUAAAGUAAUUGUUUAUCUUACUACUCUUCAAGAUUUAAUAAACAAGUGUAAUUUUUACUAGACGUGCGAUUUAAAUAAUAAUAAUAAAUACAAGUAAUUAUUUUGAUCAACAAUAUAUCAUAUAGUAAAAUGGAGAAGAAGAAGUGAAAAAAAAAGUGAAAAGAGAUCACAUUUAUGAGAAGAAAUAUUAUGUUUAGGAGUAAUGUUUCUUAGCGAUUUCAUACCUUAGGAUAAACAUUAUAAAAAAAAGAAAAUAGAAGUCCUUCGAUGAGAGUAAAAGAAAAAAAAACUAUCAAGAUAAAUCAAAUAUUGCUUUUUAGCAGCAUUCAAGAGGAAGAAGAGGAAACAAAGAGACAAAAUGAUGGAGAGUAAAAAUGCGAUUUUGUGUGACGCUUUUGGAUUGGGGAACGGAUGGAAUUUUUCAAAUGAAAUCCAAAAGCUAAUAAAUAACUUAACUUGACUUUUCACCACUUUUCUUUGUGGGGCUAUGAAGAAAUGAGAAGAAGAAGAAGAAACAGUGAAAACUUAAUAAGUUUGUCCAGAAGCUAAUUUACAUGAUGAGUAAAAAAAACACAGUAAAAGAUGAAGAUGAAGAAGAAGAAACAACUUUUUGCCGCAAAGGAAGAUGUUCUCUUAAAGUGAGAACAGAACAAUAUUUUAAGAAAUUCUACAGAAGGGAAUUACAUUAAUUUUCAUGAAAAAAAGAAAUGCGAGAACAAACAGAGAGUUCUUAUUGAAAGAAGA